AUGACGGCAUUUUUAUCACCCUCUGGAAAUUGGCAGCAUGGCCAUGGCAGCACAAGACGCCGUCGCUGCCGCAUCGAUGCGGAAAACAAUGCGAUGAAGUGGGGCAGCCUCCUAUGGCUCUGCUGUUUAACAGCUGGAGAGAUCGGCCGCCAGCCCAAGCCACCCUUGACGGAGGAGCAGAAGCGCCGCCGCCAGCAGUACAUCGCGGACAAGAAAGUUAAACGCGCUCGGCAAUUAAAACGCAUGCGCUGGGAGGUGCAGCAGCGGCGCCAAGCUGAAAGGGAAGCGACACAACCGCUCACGUCGGAGGAAAUUGCGAGGGACGCCGCGAGGACGCGCCGCGCGUCACUAUGGCGCCUGCCGCACCUCCCGCCAACGGACCACAUCCCGCUCGGCCCGCGCGAGCCGCGCUUCGCGCUGCGAAGUUUCUACGUGUCGCGAAAACAUAAAAUUGCGUUCUGCGCGAUCCCGAAGGUCGCCUGCACGGAGUUCAUCCGCCUCAUGUACCGGUUAGAAGGUGAUGUUCAUUGGUGGAAGGACCCCCACUUCCGCACGGACGCUUCUACUUUACUGAAGAGAGGCGAUGAAAGGGAAGCAGAGCACAUACUGAACGACGCGAACUGGACGAAAGUAGCAUUUUUGAGAGAUCCGGCGACGCGGGCGUUAUCCGCCUACUUGGACAAAUUUGUGGACUCGCCUUCGCGGGGCAUCCACGGCAAUUAUGGUUUGAGGCACUUUGGGCGGGAGCUGAACUGGACGGAGUUUGUCGAUACGCUUGGGAGUGAGAAUACCGAUAGGUACAAGCCCGAGGGUUUACAUGUUGGUUCGAAUGCGCACUGGAAGCCCCAGCGGUUUCACUGUUCGCUGGAAAAGUUUCUGACGAAGUAUCAGUUUAUUGGGAGGUACGAGUCGCUGCGCGACCACGCGGAGAUGCUCCUUAGAUCUUUAAAUCUGUGGGACGCGUACGGUUCAAAAGGUUGGGGCCACCGCGACAAGCGCCAGCGGCUCAUGCCCAAACCAAGUGAUAGUAUACCGGUCCGGGAUUCACUCUUUGCGCAGAAGGCGAAACAUUCCACUAACGCCGACGCGCGGAAAGCUUCGUACUUGACGCCGUCUAUUUUAUCCAAGCUGAGAGAGAUCUACGCCAUGGACUACGAGAUGCUCGAUGCUAUUGAUGCGUCGCCCGAUCCCGGGAACGGGGCUCGCUGGUCGCCGCGGCACCGUAAUUUGUGUGACGGCGUCCGGCGCGACGACCGGCGCAUGUUCGGCGCGUGGUGUGGCUUCGGGUCGCGGGCGCGGAUCGCACGGGAGGAGCAGCGGGUCGUGCUGCGGCCUGAAAUGCCGUCGACGCGCGCGCCGUUGCGAAAGGACGGCCUGACGCUCCUGGACCGGCGCGACGCGCUUCAAACGUAG